AUGGAUCCUCCCGUGGGACAGACGUUGUUCGAUCGCCCCUUACGUGGCGUACAACAAUUCGGGUUCGAUACCCGCUCUGCUGAAGCUGCCAUUAAUAAUGUGGCGAGCCCUGUCCGCAGACGGUCAACAAGCGGCGAGAUCCCCAGUGACACUACGGGAGUAGCGGACGCUCUUGAAUACGAUUUCGAACCCAUUGAAUACACGGAUGGCCUUGACUCGAGUCAUUGUAUAUUCACAGAGAAUCAGACCGGCGGCUCGCACCAGCGCACAUCCUGGUCGGGCCCGAAGCUUGAAUUGCGUGGACGCACCUUGUCCAUUGCUAGUCUUGUCAACUGGUCGGGGUACAAGCGUGGAAAGCAUAGAAUUGCCUGUGAGGCAGAGCUGCAAGUUACUGAGCGCAGGGUCGAUCCUUGCAUCAUCGAAAUCCACACUGAUUUCCAACUCUUCGCUGCAGGAGUAACGAUUGCAUCUUGCAUCUGA